AUACUAGAUGCGAGUGAUGCGCUUUUUACUCGCGCCUAGAAACAUGGCAGAGAAGGGAAGCCCUAAAGAGUCAGCGGCCAAGUACGCCCAGCGAAUUGACCCGAAACGGGAGACUCUUAGUCCGGAGCAGCAGGAGUUUAUGCGGAAAACGGAGAUGGCGCAAUGGCGGAAGAAUGCGGGGAAGCUGCGUGGGCGCAAUCUGGUCACUGGUUUAGUUAUAGGAGGCAUCGUGCUGGGCAUUUAUGGAUACACCUUCUAUUCUGUGGCUCAGGAAAAGUUUUUAGACGAACUGGAAGUUGACGCGAAAGCAGCCCGUGCCAGUUAUCCAAAAACAUCUGCCAACUGAAGAGCUUUGAGGAAGGGGAUAUUUCUUAUGAAAAUCAAGAUGGACUCUUAAUGACCCUUCAUUUUCCAGUGAUUCUACUCACAUGACUUCAGCAGUUCUAUUUCUUCUUAUGGCUUGUGCUCCCUGAUCUCUAGUAACUGUUACAGAAGUCACACAUUUAUAUAUAUAUAUAUAUAUAUAUAUAUAUAUAUAUAUAUAUAUAUAUAUAUAUAUAUAUAUAUAUAAUAUAUAUAUAUAUAUAUAUAUAUAUAUAUAUAUAUAUAUAUACAUAUACACAUAUAUAUUUGUUCAUAUCUUAUGUUCUACAGCAUCUCUACUACAUAGUCCUAGAACAAUGCCAGUCAGGGUUACAAAUAAAGGAAAUUGAUUGCAAACAAUAACAUGACUUUACAGAAAGAUAUACAGUAUAAUUUAAUAAAUGGGAGAUGUAUAAAACAUAUUGCUGCCCCAAUAUGAAACCUUUGACUGGGGCAGUGAAUCAUAAACUAUGUAACCUGUCAAGAGAUUUUCUGUUUUGGGCCAGGACACUCUCACAGGGUGUCUAUGUACCAUGCACUUCUUUCAUUGUUGUGGUAACGAUAAUGUAAAUGUUGGAGAUGCCUGUACUUUGUAAUAAAAUAUGACUUGUUUGAA